AUAUUUUCCCUUAGCUAUUCAGAAGAAAAUGUUUGAAAUAAAUUAUAGUAAAAAGCCCAAAAACCAACUCUAAGGUCAAAUUCUGGUUAUGGAGCCAGAAAUUUGUAGCCAUAAUUGUGCUUAAAUAACAAUUUUUUUUAUUCUAUAAUUACUUCAGUUUAGACAUCGACGAAUGGAGUAGUGUGAACGGGUAACGGUGGCUCUUCUCAUUCACACAAUUGCUAUUUGUUGCAUAGAACUUUGCUCCAUCCUAUUAAUUGGCGGUGAACCAACGAAGUGCCGCUCAUUAACUAGCUAAAUGACUUGAAAAAUGUACUACUUAAACUCCCCCUGACCUCCUCCUAACCCACACACCAACGACUGUAGUCAUCUACGGCACACAAACAGGGUCACGGAUGAACUCAGCCAUGGAGACGGAUGGAGGAGUGAAGCAGUUCAGGCUCCAGAUCGACAUGCAGUGCCGCUGCAUGGGUUGCAUCAAGAAGAUCGAGCAGGCAAUGGUUUCCAUCGGAAGCGUCAGUGGAGUUGGAAGUUCAGUUGCAAAUGUUGAUACAGGGACUGUGGCAGUGAUGGGGAAUGUGAAUCCAACGAAGCUUUGCCACUGGCUCAAGAGGAGGAUAAGGAAAGAUGUCAAAAUUGUGUACCCUGAUCAACCAGUUCAGAACAGCAACCAGAAACUGGUAAUGGUUCUAGGGAGCAGUUCAAAUGCCAAUGGCGCACACACUACACCAUCAGCUCCACCAAUACAAGAUAUUAUGUCCUGGGAUUCAGUACCAUCAGGUGUUCAAUCAAAUAAUCAGAGCUUGUAUUUGAUCGAGGAGAAGAUCAGGGACCUCGAGAAGGUCAGGGAUAUGCUGAAGAUACAGAACCUGGAGACAGAGCUGGUUUCUGUCAGGUGUGAGCUUAAACAGUCAAGGGAAGCUAUCGAUGGAAGUAAGAAGACUCUGCUGGAUAGUGCUUUGAAUCAGCUGGAAGCCUAUCAUAAACUAGAAGCACUCAGUCAUUCACCAUACCAGUGAAGGAAGUUGCGCAAUCUAUUCAAAAAUGCAUUUUCACUGCAACAUUACUUCUAUACACUUUAUUUUCUGUAGUCCAAUUGUUUUUGCUACCUGACAAGUGACAAGUAAACCAGAACUUUAAUUUAAGAUUUUUAAGCCUCUGAAUCCUGUAUCCAUGGUUUCUUGAACUCCAGAAACAAUGGGAUUUAAUUGAUAUAAAGCAUUCAAC